AUGUCGAGCGGAAGAUGGGACAGUCCCAAUGCUUCCGGCUCUUGGUUAGAUAUGCACAUGUCCAUGGGUCAGCCACCACCGCCAGGUCAAGACCAAGAUCACGACCAUACUGAUCCUAUGGACUUGUCCCAGGGCCAAGAUGCUGGUCAUGGCACGAGCCAUGGCCAACCAGUUCGCAACAUUUCCCCUACUCAACAGCAUGCUAGGAACAUUCAAGUUCCAAUCCAAGACACACAUCCAAAUAAUAUGAACAUGAAAUCCGAAUUAGACUAUACACGGCAUCAGGUCAAUCCCAACACCGGUACAGGACCAGCUGGACCCAACGAACCUUCAAGAGAAUCUAAAGACUUCGUCAAGAAACUGUUCACAAUGUUAGAAGACCCUACUCAUCGUCACAUAGUUCGGUGGUCUAAUAGCGAAGACAGUUUUGUUGUUCUAGAUGCCAGCGAGUUUACAAAAGAAGUGUUGCCUCGCCAUUUUAAACACUCAAAUUUCGCGAGUUUUGUUCGUCAACUGAAUAAAUACGACUUUCAUAAGAUCAGAGCUAAUGUGUCGAAAUCCUCUGGUGGUGACAAUUAUCCAGACAAUUCUUGGGAGUUCCAUCAUCCCGACUUUAACCCCAAAAACAAAGACCAGCUCGAUAAAAUCAAGCGAAAGGUUCCUGGCAAGAAAGUUCAUCCUGCCGGUGGGGUAGGUGGGUCUGGUAAUAGCAACACCCCGUCUCUUACCGAUGUUAAUGGUCAUGGACUGGUGUCAAUUGGUCAGGAGAAAGUGGACAGCAUUUCGUAUGAACUCGAAAACGCUCGUAAACUUAAUGGGUUCCUGGCAGCCAGAGUCGAACAACUCGAAGAUGAUAGCAGGACUAUGUCAAAGAACCUGUCUCUCAUCCAUGAUGCGUUUCUCAUGCAAACCUCGUACUUACAAAGAAUGCUGUCUCUGCUCGCUAUGAAUGACCCUAAUGGCCAGUUCUCUGAGUUGUUAGACUCUCUUUCAAAAGACGGAGGAUAUUCAGGCAUCAGCUCUUCAGUUAGCCAUGAACUACAACUCCAGCAGCAGAAACAACAACACCAACAUCUCCAAAAUCAGCAUCUCCAACAGCAGCAGCAGCAAACCCAACAGCAACAGCCACCACAACUUACACAUCAACUUCCACAAAUACGAGUCCCACCACCUCAACAACAACCUCAACCUCCACACCAACUGCCACCUCAACAACAGCAGCAACAGCAACCAUCUCAACAACAGCAGCAACCAACACAACAAUCCAACAUGCCAUCUGCCCUGCCUUCAUCAGCCACUUCUACAUCCUUAUCACCAUCCAUCCCCAACUCCAAUCGCAUUAAUCAAGUGGGAACCACCAGUGAAAGUAACAGUCAAUUCCACGUUCUCCUUGCUGACGAAGAUGACAACAGUGUGCUGAUAUGUCGACGAAUGCUGCUCCAGUAUGGUUGUGAAGUGGAUGUGGCCAACGACGGACUAGCAGCUGUUCAACGAGCCGAGUCGACACAAUAUGACUUGAUUCUCAUGGACAUGAUCCUUCCCCAGCUCGACGGUAUGAGUGCAACUGAACUCAUCCGCCAUUCGGACCAAACGACACCCAUCAUCGCCAUGAUGUCGACGACCGACUCUGACGGCCAAUUGGACUCACGAACUGUCGAAAAGUACCGAAGUAAAGGCGUGACUAUGAUCCUGCCCAAACCGUUCUCGAAAUCUGUUCUCUACAGCACCCUAUCCAUCUUCCUCAAACCAGUCUCCACCACUACCCAUCACCCCGGACAGCCUGACAGACUCGGAUACAUGGCACCAUCCGCGCGAUUACGAGACCCCACUACCGACUCACUGGGCUCACAAACCAAAAAACACCGCUACUAA